CCUUCCUUUUUUCGGCCUCCUUUGUCUCCUUGGUGACCGCCAGGCCCUCCCAAAGAUGCUCCGCGCACUCCGUUUCUCGAGGUGGGAUCAUUCUUCGCCUCUCCGCCUCGUUAUCCUGGCCAAGGAAAGGAGGGCCUUUGCCAGCAACGUCGUUACGCCACUGUCCCUGUCCUACACAGUGUUUGAUGGACCCUCACCUCAGCCUCCCCUUGUUUUUUUACAUGGGCUCUUUGGAAGCAAAAACAACUUCCAGUCCCUUGCCAAAAAGUUGGUGCUCCAGACUGGGCGCCAGGUGCUGACGGUAGACGCCCGUAACCACGGCAGCAGCCCCCACAGCUCCUUGAUGUCUUACGAAGCCAUGAGUGCUGAUGUCCAGCUCCUCCUCCACCAGCUGCACCUCAACAGGUGUGUCUUGAUUGGGCACAGCAUGGGUGGCAAGACGGCCAUGGUACUCUCGCUCCAGCGGCCGGAGCUGGUGGAGCGCCUGGUGUGUGUCGACAUCAGCCCCAGCGAGACGUCAGCUGUCACCAGCUUCCAGGCCUUCUUGGCUGCCAUGCGGGCCGUGAACAUCCCACGAGGCCUCCCCCGCUCCACUGCUCGACGGCUAGCUGAAGAGCAGCUGCGUUCAACCAUCCAGGAGCCAGCCACCCGCAACUUUCUGCUUACCAAUCUGGUGUCUUCUGAGGACCAGUUCAUGUGGCGGGUGAACCUGGAGGCCAUCUCCCACCAUCUGAAUGAAAUUUUGAGCUUCCCCGAUUUCCAGACGCCCUACUCGGGUCCCACUCUUUUCCUGGGAGGCUCAAAAUCCGAGUACAUCAGCUCCAACGACUACCCAGAGAUCGAGCGGCUUUUCCCCGAAGCAGAGAUCCAGUAUGUGUCCAAUGCGGGGCACUGGGUUCAUGCUGAUCAACCCCAAGAGUUCCUCACUGCGGUGUGCAACUUUCUGGAGCUGCCUCCACCAUAGAGUAUCUGGAAGAAUCUUCACAAACUGGCCCCUGGAGCAGAAACAAAGCGGGAUUUGUCUCCUUUCUCCUGGCUGGCAGUUUCUCCCCAACUUCCAUCUGUGACUCCGCAAGCUCAGACUGGGGCUUACAUGUGCCAUUU